AUGGGAGAGUUUAAACCAAUUCUAGACUCAAGUGCAAAAAAAGUAGUAUAUUUAGCUGUAUCAAUUCUUGCUGUCUUCUGCGUGGUUGCAUUCUUCCUUUAUGAGAACAAAUCAAAACGUAAUUUCUUCACAGAAGUCAUAUUAGCUGUCGGAUCAGCUUGCUCACUCGGAACUGCUAUUUUCUUUGCUUUAGUUAAAGCAGAUGUUGUUCUUUGA